CCUGACGACGGGGGAGUGGGUGUCAGACCCCCGAGGCAUGCCAAGCUGUCCAGGAAGUAACGAGGAGAUUUUACAGCACUGCCGGCAGAUGUAUCCGGAGCUACAGAUCACCGGGGUGACAGAGGCAGCUCAGCCGGUGACAGUGACAAACUGGUGCCAGAAGCAGAAACCGGAGUGCAAGCGCCGUCUACAUAUUGUGGUCCCGUACCUAUGCCAGGUGAAUGAAUUUGUCAGCGACGCCCUCCUGGUACCCGACAAAUGCCGCUUCCUUCACCGAGAACAGAUGGACACCUGCGAGAGUUACCAGCACUGGCACGAAACGGCCCGCACGGCCUGCGCGGCAGAGAACCUCGACCUCCACAGCUAUGGCAUGCUGCUCCCCUGCCACCCAGACAGGUUCCGUGGGGUGGAGUAUGUGUGCUGCCCGACCCGCAAUCCCCAACCCAUCGAACCCACCAGGAGCCACCCGGUCACCGAGCUGGAGCCGCAGGACACAGAAAAGGGAGACGAGGUGGAGAUCGAAGAGGACAAUGUUGACAUCAUCGACGAAGGAGGAGAGGACACGGCGGGGGCCACACAGGACCAGCACCCGCAAGUGUGGGACGACUAUUUUGUGGGGAAUGGAUAUGAGGACGAGACAACCAGCAGUGCCCCCACCCUCCCGCCAGAGGUCAAAGUCUCCCGACCUACCGACGGGGUGGACAUCUACUUCGAGUCACCCCGCGAUGGCUCUGAACACGCCAACUUCCUGCGAGCAAAGAUGGAGCUGGAAGAGCGACGCAUGAAGCAGAUCAACGAGGUGAUGAAGGAGUGGGCAGAAGCCGAUAACCAGGCCAAAAACCUACCCAAGUCUGACCGGCAGGCGCUGAACGAGCACUUCCAGUCCAUUCUGCAGACCCUGGAGAGCCAGAUAUCUGCUCAGCGCCAGCGACUGGUGGAGACCCACCUGGGACGGGUGGUGGCCGCUCUCAAUGACAACCGCAGGGCCGCGCUGGAGAACUACCUGGCGGCUGUGCAGACCACACCCCUCGAUCCAGAGCGAGUGCUGCUGGCACUGAAGAGGUACAUACACGCGGAGCAACGAGACCAACGCCAUACCGUCCGCCAUUACCAGCAUGUGAGCAGUGCGGAACCUGACCGAGCUGAGACCAUCCAGUUCCAGGUUCUCACCCACCUUCGUGUCAUUGAAGAACGGGUCAACCAGUCCCUGUCUCUCCUGUACCGGAACCCCCAACUGUCCCCCGAACUCCGCAGCCAGAUUGAGACCUGGCUGCACACAGAGUGGGUUGGAGCCGGAGACCUUCUAACCUCCUCUCAGAAGAAACUCAGCGAAGACAGCGAUUACCCCGAGAUCAGGGUUCCACCACAGACCUCUGCCGAGACAUCCCAAGGAGAAGGCUCCGCCGUCUGGGACUUGUACUCAGACUUCCCCCCCAGCGAGCGAACCUUGACGUUCCCCAGCCAGAAGGAUAAUGCUUCAGUAAAGCAGGUUCAUUACCAGUCAGAGGACAUCCAGAGGGAUGAGCUGGAACCAGACACCCUGGUCCCCUUUAACCGAGGAGCUCUGAUUGGCUUGUUGGUGGUUGCUGUUGCCGUGGCGAUGGUUAUAAUUAUCAGCCUGCUUCUGAUCCGGCGCAAGCCCUACGGGACCAUCAGCCAUGGGAUUAUCGAGGUGGAAGCUUCCAGGACCCCCGAAGACAAGCACCUGAGCAAGAUGCAGAACCAGGGCUACGAAAACCCAACCUACAGAUACCUGGAAGAGAACAACUGAGGGCCGGAGCGGGGGUGUCGGCGGGUUAUAUUAUUUUUGGGCAGAAGGGAAGGGGUUUUACUUCAGGGGAGGUACAAGAUAGGGCAGGGGUGGGGACAAACAGGGGAUAUUUAAUUAAAAAAAGGGGGUACAGCUAAAGAAUAUUUGCCCCCCCCCUUCCUUCCUUUCCUGUAGGAACAACGGUGCACCAUACCAGAUCCUAGCCAGAUAGCGUCUAGGACACAACGGGUUAAAAGCGUCCGCCUCUCUCCCCUGUGAAUGCACUUAAAUUAUUUAUGACUACGAAGGGAAA